GCGCUCUAUGGAAGAGGCCGUCCCUGCACCACAAACUCCGCCACCCAGACGUGGCCCCUACAAGCGAAUACCACUCUCUGCCAAGAGACGUGUGGUGGCAGCGCACGAUGCAGGACAAGACUGGAAGUCUGUUGCUCGCGCCAACGGAAUCAACGAGUCCACCGCAAAAGGUUGGCUCAUGCUGGACUCUUUGACACCAAAACAACGCGGUGGCUACAAACUACGAAAGCUGUCGCACCAGCUCGUGGACACAAUGGAGGCAUGGGUGGAGUUUGACUGCCAAAUCACUCUCGCCGAGCUCAAAGCACGCAUUCAAGUGGACUACGAUAUCGUCAUCUCGGAAACGAGUCUACACCGUGCGCUGGAGGAGCGUGUCUUCACCUACAAAGACCUCCAUUACGAGCUACUGCAGCUCAACGAUGAAAGUUUCAAAAACAAACGUUCGGAAUACGUUCAACAACUACGUGAACACAUCAUUCAAGGCAAAGUUCCGAUCUGGAUUGAUGAAACCAACUUCAACCUCUUCACCUUCCGAACGAAGGGACGAUCAAAGAAGAACACACGGGCGAAGUUUGUUCGUGGAUGCUCUCAGAAGGGGAAAAACUUGCACAUUAUUGGUGCAAUAUCGGCGACCAAUUUUGUGUUCUGCAUCCGUCGACGUGGGGCGUUAAAGUCGCUUCAUGCCAACGAGUGGCUCAAAACAAUGCUGCGUGCUGCCAACGAGCAUUUUGGUGGACUUGCCGAUGUUCUUGUCAUUGCUGUUAAUGCCCCAUGUCACUCAAGAAGAAGUCGAGUUUCAAGACGCUUCGUUCUUAAAACUAGGGCCGUACUCUCCGAUGUUGAACCCGAUCGAGAAUAUGUGGUCGGCGUUAAAGAGCCGCAUUAAGACAUCUUUGCGCGAACGAGUCGCGGCCUCUAUGGGGUCAUCACCAAACGGACAGACUCGUAAUGAGUUUCGCAUGCAAUACUUGGAACACACAGCUGACGAUGCAAUUGCAGGAAUUGAGCCGAAUCGUUUGCAUGUGUACACGGCCCGCCUUGAGCCGUUUUAUGUCCGUGCUGAGAACAUGGAAGACAUGGAUGUUGGUGCUUAAGCCGUAUAUGUCAU